CCAGCUGUGACAACUUAGCACAGAAGCAAUUAUACUUUGUGGAGGUUUCUUCUUCUCUAAACUUCCGUUCAAUCAAAUUCUCCGAUCAAAAUUCCAUCACUGGAGUAAAGAAUGGUGCCUCCGCCGCCUUCUCCGACGUCUUCGAUGGCCCAGUACACUCAACAGUUUCUCAGUUCCGUCCUGUCCCAACGCGGUCCAUCUUCCCUUCCAUACUCCGAAGACGUGAAGUGGCUUAUCCGUCAACACCUCCUCUCGCUCUCCGAAGCCUACCCCUCUCUUCAGCCCAAAACCGCCACGUUUACCCACAACGACGGCCGCUCUGUCAACCUUCUCCAGUCCGAGGGCACAGUUCCGAUGGUGUUUCAGAAUGUUACUUACAACAUACCCGUCGUCAUCUGGCUCAUGGAGACUUACCCUCGCCAUCCGCCUCUCGUCUUCGUGAAUCCUACUCGCGAUAUGGUGAUCAAGCGCCAACAUCCUUUUGUUAAUCCAUCUGGUUUAGUUUCGAUCCCAUAUUUGCAAAAUUGGGUUUACCCUAGUUCUAAUUUGGUUGAUCUGGCUCGUAAUUUGGGUAAUUAUUUCGGUAGCGAUCCACCGUUAUACUCGCAACGCAGACCAAACCCUAACCCUAACCCUAACCCAAACCCAAGCCCUAGCCCUAGCCCUAGUUUCAAUGCAUCUGGAUCAUCGGGAUCGGUUUCAUCUGGAUCUAUCCGGCCAGCCAUCCCACCUCGGACAUACCCGCCGUCACCGUAUGUGAGCGACAGCGGGAGGAUUCCAUCGCCUGCUCCGCCUCAGAGGUUUGGGUCUGGGUCCUUCGAGGACCCGAGCUUAGUUUAUAAACGGAAUGCGAUUAAUAAGCUGGUGGAGAAUGUGCAUAGUGACGUCGCCCGGUUGAGGAAAACAAGAGAGGCUGAAAUGGAAGGGAUGUUUAGUGCUCAGGCAGUGUUACGGCAGAGAGAGGAGGAGCUUUCAAUAGGGUUACGACAGAUGCAAGAUGAGAAAGCGGAUUUGGAGCAGCAAUUGCAGAUGGUUUUGAUGAAUACAGAUGUGUUAGAAGGAUGGGUGAGAGAAAAUGAGGGCAAAUUAGGUGGAGAUUUGUCAAAUAUAAGUCCUGAUGAUGCUAUUGUUCCAUCUGAUUCUCUUUCUAAACAGAUGCUGGACUGUACAGCAUCUGAUCUUGCUAUAGAAGAUGUUGUUUAUGCCUUGGAUAAAGCUGUGCAAGAAGGGUCUAUACCCUUUGAUCUGUAUUUAAGGAAUGUGAGGUUGUUGUCUCGAGAACAAUUCUUUCAUCGUGCAACAUCUGUGAAGGUUAGAGCAAUACAGAUGCAAGCUCAAGUUACAAGCAUGGCGUCCAGGGCACCACCAUCACCAUAUGGCGUGUGAAAAAGUCGCUCUCUCACAUAUGCUUUUCUUCCUUCUAGUUUUGAGGGUAUGUGCCAUUGAACCUUUAAAACAUAGGUUAUAGAUCAUUCUUGUUUCUUACUAUUACUUGUCAACAUAUGUUGAUUCUUAUUGUUUACUCGUGUAAUCAUCAAUUUCAUAUUUUUGCAAAUCUUUUAUGUUGAUAUGAUAGAAAACAUAGAACAAAAGUUUAUGCCUAAUUGAUUUGAUAAAGAUUUGGAUGAAACUCAAGUAAGUUUUCAA